CGUUCACAAAUUGGACGUCGCUAUACCGGAGUUAGGAAAAAGAGAUGACGUCUUGUACUUUCCCAUGAUGUAUUUUACUGAGUAAAUCAAAAUAAUAGGCACAACGAAGUUUUUUCUCAAGUCUAGUUCCAUGUCAUGGACGCGUUUGUUUUUGUAUUUAUGAAUGUAACUUGAACAGCGUUUGGAAAAACUCAGGGAAACCUUAUUAUGGCCAAGAAAAGUCUCCGGUUGUUUUGUUUUUAAGUAGCUGGAGCGUCGCCGGUCUACACUUUUCCUUUAACUUCUGUGGUCAGGAAUACGAAGUAGAAAAAAAAUCGACGAGAAGAAAAUAAAAGAAACAACUUCGAGAUGAUUGAGGUGGUGGCAUCAAUGGCACGAGGGCCUGUGUUUUUGGCUGGGGAAGCUUUAGAGUGUCUUAUAACCUUCACAAACCCUAUGUCACAUCUGUCUACAUCUGCCAGCAGUGAGAUGUUGGCCUGGGCCAGUGCUCAGAUCCACUGCCAGGUCCAUGCCAGUGAGAAUCGUGUGGCUCUACCCGCUCAGGGCACCAAGCAGGACGUCCAAGCUGAGAGCGACACUGUACUGAUACCAAGCAGAGGUGAACGAGGGCAGUGUGUGCUGGACACGCCACCUAAGAUCUUGUUCUGUGACCUUCGUUUGGAUCCUGGAGAGAGCAAGACCUAUUCUUAUAGUGAGGUUGUGCCAACUGAUGGUCCGCCCAGUUUCCGAGGUCAGGCAGUGAAAUACGUGUACAAGCUCACGAUUGGCUGCCAGCGAGUCAACUCACCAAUCAAGUUACUGCGAGUCCCUUUUAGAGUUCUAGUGCUUCAUGGCAUGCCAGAGCCUCCGUUCCCACGGGACGAGGAAGUGGCUCCCUCAAACCCUUUCCUGGAGGAAGAGGAAGGAAGCAGGAGAGAUACAAGAUCGCUAGAAAGAGCUCUGGACAUGCUAAUGAUCACCACCUCACGACGAUGCCCAUAUAUGUUCAACAUCACAAACAUGCGGGGAAAGGUGGCUAAGUUCUGCAUCUUUAAGACUGUGUACAGGCUCGGGGAAGAUAUUAUUGGCACCUUCACAUUCUCAGAAGGGGACAUUCCAUGUUUACAGUAUUCAGUAAGUCUACAAAGUGAGGAGGAGGUCCAAGAGCAGUACCAGAGAUGUCCCGGCCAGGCUGUCAGUGUCACUGGUCAUGGCCGACAUCUAGAGUCCUGCUUGCACACAGCCUCCAGCCAUUUCUCUCUCCCUGUACCCCUUAAUGUCACGCCAGGAUUCACCACGGAUAUAGUGAUGUUAAGAUGGCGUCUGCAUUUUGAGUUCGUAACAGCGCGGGAGCCAGUGGAGGCACCAGUGGUUCUGCAGAAUCAGUCAGAAGUCACAGUAUGGACUGGGGCAGAGCAUGUGGAUGUGGACACCUUCAGUUGGGACCUUCCAAUCAAAGUGCUUCCCACAAAUCCCACGCUGGCUUCAUAUGUUUCCCAGUUCACAGGGACAAACAGCAUCAACAUUUGAGUUGUGCUGGGAGAUCGUAAAACUAAAAAGUUAUUGUUGUUGUGAGAUGUCUUGUUAGCAGUCUGUAUUUUGAAUUCAAAGGUAGCUUAUAUUUGGAGUUGUUUUAUUGUUUUUUUUUUUAUCUUUUGCCGUGCAAUGAGAUGAUAAAUCUUUAUUUAAGCUACUUUACAUUUCAGCCUUGACCAACAGACUGCUUUACCUACUGUAAUGCAAAGAUUUCUGUAUUUAUUGCCUAUAUUUCAUUUGUAUGCUCCAGACUAUAAUGACAAAUGGUUUCUAUUGUAUUUCAGUUUUCUAUUACAAGCUAUUUUGUACCAUUUCUCUAUAUGCAAACCAUAACUGAAUAAAACUGUUACUGAGUUAUUGUCA